GUGCCAUUUCAUUAACGUAGAAUAAGUAACGUAUCGCCACGAUUACGUCGGGUGAGUGACCUGGUCCGUCCUCCAACAUAAAAUCAAAGAAACUCUGAUCAAGUUAUUCAUCUGACAGCGAGUCAUAUCAGGUAAAGAGCAAUAACAUCAUGGUUUUCGAGGAGAAAAUGAUCCUGAACGGGGAACCCGAAGAUGAAGAGGAGGAGGAAGACAUGGUGGUAUGUAUCGAUUUGGACCCCCUUGACACAGUGCGGGACAAGUGUGCACAGGCAGAGCACUGCAUCCACACCCGGGCAAAACUAGAGGACUGCGAGUCCAGGGUCAGCUCCAAGUCCGAGACCGCAGAGGACUGCACUGAAGAGCUUUUCGACUUUCUCCAUGCCCGGGACCACUGUGUGGCACACAAAGUCUUCCAUUCUGUCAAAUAAAGUCCAUCCAGCUCCCUGCACUACUGGCAGAAAUUCCCUGUCAGAUAUAGAAACGAGUACCUGGUUUGAAAGGAAACCUCUAUGGAUAUAUGUUAUAACCUCAAAUACACACUCUGUUCAUGUGAAUAAAUUGUAAAUUAAGUGUUAAA